AUGAUCAUCUGUACGAACACAAUGGACUACCCCUUAAGAGCUCAGUGCCAGCGAGUCCAGAAACAGAUGGUGGUAAAUGGUGAGAAGGAGCGUGUGUCGCUGCUCUUCAUGAAGGCCCUAGUGAGCAGGGGCAGUGUGGACACUGUGGCUCAACAGAUGGCUGUACACCCUCACUAUCUGGAGAGCUUCUUACGCACUCAGCACUACAUCCUCCACAUGGAUGGCCCACUGCCACUGCCACACCGCCAUUACAUUGCCAUCAUGGCGGCAGCGCAACAUCACUGCAACUACCUGGUGCAUCUGCACUCGGCACAGUUCCUGAGGGUGGGAGGAGACCCUUUGUGGCUACAAGAUCUGCAGGCAGCUCCGGCUCGGCUCCGCCUUCUGGACCAGAUAAACAAAGUUCUGGCUCACAAGCCGUGGCUUACAUCCUGUGCACACAUCCAGGCUCUGUUGAAGUCCGGUGAGCAGUGCUGGUCUCUGGCGGAGCUGGUGCAGGCUGUUGUGAUCCUAGCUCAUUGCCAUUCACUUUGCUGCUUUGUGUUUGGGUCUGAUGCUGAUUCAAACUGUUCAUCAUUCUCCAAAUCUCCUAAUGGUACUUCGCCAAAGUUCUGCUUCAUUGACUCUGCCAAUGGAAACACCAAUGUGCCUCCAUCACUGAGCUCGUCCCCCGAUCUCAUCACUCACCGAAGGUCUUUAGACUCUAGCAGUGGCAUGACGUGUUUAAAGGAGAGGAUUCAAAAGUCUCAAGAGGAGUGUGAGAAGAGAGAAGUGCGGCUAAAAACUCAGGUGCUUCAACAAGCCGACCUGGAAGAAGAGGAGGAGGUGAUCUGCUCCACAGACUCAUCUCGUUUUAUCACAGAUCCUGACUUCUGCUACAAGGAGUUUGCACAACGAGAUGAUGACCACUUUGAAGUCUUUAGAGUGCAGGAUUAUUCAUGGGAGGAUCAUGGCUUCUCUUUGGUUAAUCGGUUGUAUUCCGAUAUUGGGCAUCUUUUAGAUGAUCGAUUUCGAAGUGUGGCAACUAUUCCAUCUUUGAACACUCAUGACUUGAGAAGGGCAAUCUGGAACUACACACAUUGUGUUUUAGGAAUACGGUAUGACGAUUAUGACUAUGGUGAAGUCAACCAUCUAUUGGCCCGAGACAAGUUCUACAUCAAAGCAGUGGCUUGUUUUCCAGACACCACUAAAACACCAGGGUGCCGGCUCAGUUGGACCUCGCUAAAACCUUCAGAACAGAUUCACGUCAACCUGUUGAUCAUGGAGGCGCGGCUGCAGGCGGAGCUGCUGUACAGUCUGCGGGCCAUCACUCAGUAUAUGAUUCUAUGA